UCUGCCUUGUAAGGCCCGGCGCCGCGCCCCGCCCCGCGCCCCCGCCGCGCCCAGCCCGGACCCCACCGACGGCCCGCCAGCCCCGGCUCCGCACCCGCUCCGCGCACCGAGCCAGCGCCUUCUCCGCACCAGGAAAGCCCCACACGCCCGCAGCCAAGAUGUCCAGUAAACGGGCCAAGGCCAAGACCACCAAGAAGCGGCCACAGCGGGCCACAUCCAACGUCUUUGCGAUGUUUGACCAGUCCCAGAUCCAGGAGUUUAAGGAGGCCUUCAACAUGAUUGACCAGAACCGAGAUGGCUUCAUUGACAAGGAGGACUUGCACGACAUGCUGGCCUCGCUGGGGAAGAACCCCACGGACGAGUACCUGGAGGGCAUGAUGAGCGAGGCCCCGGGGCCCAUCAACUUCACUAUGUUCCUCACUAUGUUUGGGGAGAAGCUGAACGGCACGGACCCCGAGGACGUGAUCCGCAACGCCUUUGCCUGCUUCGACGAGGAGGCCUCAGGUUUCAUCCACGAGGACCACCUUCGGGAGCUGCUCACCACCAUGGGCGACCGCUUCACAGAUGAGGAAGUGGAUGAGAUGUACCGCGAGGCGCCCAUUGAUAAGAAAGGCAACUUCAACUACGUGGAGUUCACCCGCAUCCUCAAACACGGCGCCAAGGACAAAGAUGACUAGGCCAGCCCAGCCCCCCUGUGCCCAGGCCCGCGUCCCAGUCACCUGCUCCCUCAGACACUGUCUGCACCAGCUCCGCUCACAAACCCGCGAGCCCACAGGCCCCUCUCAGAGGAUCCUCUCUCUGAGGGGUUAGGGUCCCAGCUCCCAGUGGAGGAAACGGGCUGAGAGAGUGCAGUGCCAGGCAAGGGGCAGAGCCAACGUGAGACGGGUGUUCUCCCCGUGACCCUCCAAGGAAACCCCAUCUUCUUGGGAACUGGGCCAGAGGCUGGACCUGGAGGCACCAGGGGAAGGCCCCUCAAGAGAGCCCAGGCCUCGGCUGUUGCCCGCCCACUCCCAGGCUGCUCCCCACGGGCAGGGCCCUGCGUCCUGGUCUGGGACACCACUGCACGUGCAACCCUGUGCAGGGCAUGAAAGCCCUUCCCCAGCCACUGCCACAAGCACGCGAACCUCACCCAGGCCCCCUCUCAGAGGACAAGAUGCCAGUCCUGUCCCCUACACCCUGCCCAGCCACCAGAACACACGCCACCCCGCCGGGAGUGCGCUCCAGAAGAUGCAUGUAGGAUGGGUGUCUGUCUCGGCGAGGCAGAAUGUCUAAUAGAAGGCUGAGCACGGCCUUGGGUCUGUGUGUCUGUGACUGGGGUGAAAUAAAGGAGCCCCUAUGCCCC